GUCAGCGAAUCCUCGUAGGAUACCCGCCCGAAUGCCUGGAUCUCAGCAACGAGGAUACCAUUCUUGGGGAUUUGCCCAUCCAGUCAGGCUCCAAGAAUGCUAGCUGCCAGAACUGCGCCCUUCAAGAAGGAUUUUGGAAAACUCUUCUCUGAAGGAUCUGCUCUGAGGAUUUCAAUCAGGCCAUCAAAAAAGAGUAAAGAUACAGGCAUCAGAGAUUUUCCAAUCAAAUGGCCCUAUGAGAUUGCUCUGUAGCGAAGUCCAUGGUCAACCAGCCCCAGCCAGGGCUUCAACUGUAUCUUUUUGUUGACAAAUUGUUGAAUUUGAGUGGAUAGCCAAGAAUCAUCGGACAUGUGAAAAUAUUCUUUAAUAAGAAACAGAAAAGCCAAAACAAAUAGGAAAAAAAAAAUAACUUGGAGAAAACAUUCUAUAGAGGCAGAAAAACAUUAACACUAUAUAUGUUCUUAAAGUAAUAAGAUUCUGCAUCAAUGAAACUCGAAGAAAUGUAAUAAAAAUUCAGAGAACAAACAAUAAUUAUUGGAAGUUAAAAAUACAAUAGCAAAAAGAAAAUGCAAUAGGAAGUUGUGAAUACAUUUUAAAAAUCUCUCAGUAGCAAAACAAAACAGAAGUUGAGGUCCAGGAGGGUGUCCAAUAACAUCCAAAUUAUAUAAGUUCCAAAAAGAAACAACAGAGAGAGAGAGAGAAAGUGGACGAUAGGAAUUCAUCAAAGAAAUAAUUCAAAAAAAAUAUCCCAGAACUGAAUGUCAUGAGUUUCCAGAUUGGAUUUACUGAGUACCCAGAGUAUAGAUUCACUCCAACACACAUCAUUAUGAAAAUUCAGAAUACUGGAAACAAAGAGAAAGCCUUAGAUUUAGAAUCAUAGAUACUUUGGGCUUUGCAACAGCAGCACCAAAAUCUAUCAAAUACUGAUCUAGAAUUCUAUACCCUGACAAACAAUCAAAUGAGAGGCUAGAAUAGCAAUACUUCAGACAUGUAAGAUCUUAUGCAUUCUUUCUUGGGAAACGACUAGAGAAUGUGUUUUAUCAAACUGAGAGAGCUAACUCAGGAAAGAGGAAGAUGUGAGAUUCAAGUAACCCAACAAGAGAAGAGGUGAAAGGACUUUUCCCAGUAGGACGAUGAAGACACAUAUGAAAAUGACAGCCAUGCAACAGACUAGAUAACAACAUAUCCAGAUGGAAGCAAAUCAGAAUGUUCUGGAAAAUGUUUCUCCAGGAUGAAACUACUACUACCUCUGAAUGUAUUGAGAGGAGAUUUACACAGUGGGCAAGAGUAGACGGACAAAAAAGAUAAAUGGAAAUGGAAAAGUAAACAUAGCAUAUCUCAGAGCCCACCUGUCAAUAGCAUUUUAUUUACAUGCAGAAGCAGAGAAUCAAAUCAGACAUUUUGACUCCAGAGACACCUAAGUGUCAUAUAUUUGAAUGCUGAUGGGCAUUAUUUUAGUAGAAAGGUCAAAAAGAUGAUGUAAGAGAGAGGACUGCAAAGGUAGAGAGUCUAUGAGAUGAGAUCCAGAGCAUAUGCGGACGGUGGGGUUUUAUUGGAAAAACAUUUUCUUUGUCGUCCCAAGAGAGAAGAAGAAAAUGAGUACAAAGGAAAGCAGGUUUGUAAAUGUGAUGGGAACGGGAAGGCACAGUGUAACAGGAUGUCAAAAGAUAAGAUUUAGAAAAAAAUAAUAAGCAAAAUCGUGGCAAUAGAUGGGUUAUCCAUCAAUACGAUCUCAAAAAAAAAAGGGAAGUUUAAAAUUUAGGACAUUUUUCUUAAGUAAAGCACUUCAGUUGCCAAAAAGUUCAUCAUCAGUUUGGCAUUAAUAUAUAACCACUAUAAGUAAGACAAUAGAAGAGUUAUACACAGAAAUAUUCGAUGUUCUUCAUGAAUUCAAAUUUUACAGGGUGAGAAAGAGGACAGUUACACCCUAGUGGGUUCAAUUCAGAGAUGUACGCUCUGCAUCAGAUUACAGUGAAGCAGCACCUAACAUCCCAUUCCAAAAGAAGAUGGUACUUGAGUUGAAUCUUGAAGGAAAAAUAAGACUAAGCCAGGAGGACAUCAUGGGAAUGGGUCCAAGCAGAGGGUACAACAUGUGCAAAAGUCUCAGAAGCAUGAAUGCGUGGCAGUUUCAGAAAUAUUAGAUUGACUGUAAUAAACAAUAUAGAUGACUAUGUGACAGGAAGAAGCAUGUAGGGCCUGCUCACGAAGGUCUUUCUAUGUCACAUAGGGUCAUUGAAUUUAAUCCUGAGCACUAUGAACUUGCACCCAAGAAUUGAGACGAUCAACCACCCACAUAAUCUAUAAACCCACCUAUAAAAUGGAAUAUGUGAAACAAGACAUUCCUGUCGUCUCUUCACAUCUUCAGUGGUCCACAACCCUAUAACUUGUGCAGUCCUGAAGCUGAAUAGAGAGGAAGAAGAGCGGCAAUGAUCUCACAGGAGACAAGGGAGGAUUGCUAUGAAGCACAGAGCCUGGGUGAGAAUAGGUAUGGUGAUGCAGUUAGCUGGCAUGGGGAAAGGGGAGAGAGGACAUGUUGGUGGGGGCACGGAGAGCAAGAUGAGCUCAAUUUUGAACAUGUUAAGAUUUGACACUCUCUGAUCCUAAUAGGUGACUUCAGCCCUCAAACUUUCAUUAGCACUGGAAGGAAAAGGACUGCCGAAUCCUCCUAAUUUCCAUGAGAGAGAGACAGAGCAUGAGCGGGGGAGGGUCAGAGAGAGGGAGACGCAGAAUCCGAAGCAGGCUCCAGGCUCUGAGCCGUCAGCCCAGAGACCGACGCCGGGGCUCGAACUCACAGACCGCGAGAUCAUGACCUGAGCCGAAGUCGGACACUCAACCGACUGAGCCACACAGGCGCCCCAAAUACUAAUUUUAUUAUAAACUGAAAAACUGUUCACAAGCAAGACGGUGCCUGCUAUCAUCUUUGAAGUUAAUGCUCAUAAGUCAAAUUCAUUUUUCUAGCAAAUGUUCAAAUCACACACGUAUGAAGCUGGGUCAACUUCAGCGAUUCCAUCCAUGGGUGUGACUCUCGUUGCACUGAACCCCUGAUGUGCAGCUGCCUUUCCUGUUUGGUUACUCCUGUGACAUCAUACAUGUUUACGUGACACACCACAAAGAGAGGUCAUCACCCUUAAAUGCUCAGUUAGCUCGUUCAGUUGUGAUAGUGCAUUGGUUAUCCCAGGCUUCCUCGGUCCUCCUUCCUCCUCGACUAGUCCUGCCCCAUUUCUCCUCUCUCUUGGCCCCUGUACUUCUUAUUUCCUACCCAACCACGAUUACAGGAAGAGAAAAGAUGAAAGCCAUGCGUCAUCUUUUUAAUAAAAGGUGUGAAUGGCUACAAGACAGAAAUGAGAUGGGAAAGCUUUAAUCUAAUUGUUAGAAUUAGACCUGCAAAUUAUCUGUGUAUUUCACGUUUCCCACUUGGGAAUUUGUCCAAAACGGAGGCUGACUAGCAUUAUACUGAUGCAUGGCAAGCUUGGCGUCGUAAUGCCUGAAUUGAAAUCCCCGCUCUGCUGCCUCCUGGCUACAUGAUCUUGUGCAAGUUAUUUAACCUCCCUGUAAAAUUUGGAUACUAAUGGCGCCUACUUUUUCGAAGUUGAAAUAAAGGUUGCAUGGAAUAAUGCACGAACACACGUAGCACAGCAUAAUCCCUAGUACACAGCAAUUGCUCAAUAGAUGUUGGCGAUCAUUACGUGCAUUGAUUUUAAUUUUUCUCCCUGCCCUUUUGACAUCAAGGAUGGCCUAUAUCCAGGAAAAAACCAGCUUCCAGGCAAAAAAAAAUAAAGUCCUUUCUGGUAAAAGUGGCCUCCAUACCUGGGGGGAAGUUUUUUCCUGAAAGCCAUGAUUUCUUCCACCUACUCCCAUCUCCCUAUUCUCCUCAGGUUGUUUUAACAGCAGAUGCAAGUAAUCUGCCUAUGGAAGGAGACAGGUUGCUAAGCUGGUUGGUAGCUUGUUUUGUUUUCAUUUCUUAAUACUCAUUGCCACCUUUCAGGCACAGCCAAAAGAGAUCAGAGACCCAAAUGACAGCAUGCAUGUUCCCUCCUUCGAGGCCAUCCAGUCACUUUUUCCUCAGGAAAGGGACCCCCUUGGGAGAGAAAGUGGCUUCACGCCCCCCAGAAAUAAAUGAGGUCAAGAAGCUCAUUGCCAAACAGUGGGGCAAGGGUGUCUCCGCUCCAGCACCCCUAGGCUCAGUCACCUUUUCCAGCAGUCCUGAGGACAGGGGCUAGUAGUAAGAGCUGCUAGGAAAAGGCUUGAGAGCAAAAGUGCUUGCGAACAACUAGAAAAGCUACUAACAAAACUGGCCACAGUGGAUCUUGACUUGGAGAAUUCAGGGGAAUCCUUGCCCCGCCAGUGAAGGAAGGCAGCUCUAGAUAGAAAACCAAGUUUCAAACAGACAUAGAAAAGCAUACCGCCUGUCUGUGUUUCUUUACAGUCAAAUUUUAAAAUAGUAUCUUUUGCCUACUCCCUCCCGGCCAACUCUCCUCUUCCAGUCUCAGCCCAAAGGAGUCUUCUCCUUCCAGCCCUCCUAUUUCUUUUUCUUUUUCUUCCUCCCCCCUGUUUUUUUUUAAAGGGCUCUUUAUUGGCUCUAACCGGGGAAGGGGAGGGCAAGAGAUGAUUGGCUACGGAGCGGAGGGAAGGGGAGGGAGAGUCCCGCCCAUUCCCCUCCCACACCCUCCCUCCCGAAACAGCUGGAAUGAGAAGUAGGGAGGGAAAGCUGCCGGGAUUGGCUGUGAGUCAGUGGCAGGGUGGGGUGGGGUAGCACUGAUGAAGCAUUUACCUGUCCAGGUAAGUCUGGAGGAGGUCAAAAGAAGAAAACAGUGGAAGGCAGGGGAGGCAGUCUCUGUCUCCGUCUCUGCCCUUUGAAAUAAAAGGGUCUUCCUUUCUUCUCUUCAGCCCCUCCUCCAGUGAAGGCCGGCUUGGGACAUUCUUCACUUCCCUUCACUUCCCCUCUGGGAGCCCCUCUCACCGCCCCUGCACCUUGCUUCAGGCGAUGCCCAGGAGCGAGCUGUGGCCAGCGGGGCCUGGCUCGGAACCCGUGACCCGCAUCGGCAGCUGCGACAGCAUCAUGAGCACCGUGUCCACCCGCUCUGGAUCUAGUGACGGCAGCUACGACUUCCUGUCCGCAGAAGAGAAGGAGUGUCUGCUCUUCCUGGAGGAGACCAUCGGCUCACUGGACACUGAGGCUGACAGCGGACUGUCCACUGACGAGUCUGAACAGGACACAGCUCCCCGCGGCCCCCGAGCCCUGCCUGUCACCCAGCCUGCCCCUCAGGGAUAUCCAGGGGAGAAGAUCGUCCCACAAGGACCGGAGCCAAGGACAGGGACUCAGUCCAGUUCACCCCAUCUGCCUGAACCCGAAGGCCUGGGCCUCAGGUCUGGCUCCCAUAGCCUCCCCAGAAAUAUCCACAUCGGCAGGAAGCGGAACCCCGGGGAAAGCACCACUUGGACGAAUAGCCACAUCCCGGGGGAACCUGAGGGGCUUGUCCCAGAGCCCAAGAGAGAGCAGGCCGGCCAAAGCGGUGAGCCCAGCCAGGCUCCGGCCGGCCCCCUGACGCCUGCCCUUGGGUUGGACACGGUACCCAUCCCCCCACCAGAGGCCUUUCAGGACAGCCAGCCAGAGCAGCGUGGGGAAGGCGGCCUGGGCGUCCCCAGGCCAGGGCUGCAGAGCCAUACACCCCGGCUCCAUUCGUCACUCAGCCCCCAGGAGAGGAAGGAGACUCCUUCAGCGGCCAUGUCCCAAAAAGCCAGUGAGGAGGGCUCAACAGGGGGACCGGGGCAGCCUCAGCCUCCUCCCGCCACGUCAUCUCAGAGCGCGAGAGCCAGAGAUGCUCCCAUCCCGUCAGGGGGGGACCCCAGUGCCCGGCCAGCGCCCUUCACAGCUCCCAAGCCCCGGAAGCUGCCACCCAAUAUCGUUCUCAAGAGCAGCCGAAGCAGUUUGCACAGUGAGCCCCACCACUGGUUGUCUCGCCACUCCGAGGCCACCGCGGGAGACUCCGGCCUGGCCUCCUCCUCGCUGCAGGAGCAGAAGAAAGCGCGCCGGGAGGCCCUGGAGAAGCUGGGGCUCCCCCAGGACCAGGAUGAACCUGGCCCCCACUUAAGUAAACGCACCAGCUCCACCCGAUUCAAGGAGACCCAUGCCCAGGCCUCCUUCCAGGCUCCAGCCCCGGCCCCGGCUCAGCCGACGCGGCCUGCUCAGGGCACAGCCGCUGCGCCUGCCGGAGGGAAGGCUCCGGCUCCCGCUCCCACUCGGGGACCUUCUCCAGCGAAGCCUCCGGCUCCGACUCCAGCUCAGGGUUCUUCUCCGGACAAGGGGUUGAUUCCUGCCCAGGAGCCCACUGCAGGCAAGGUUCCAGCUGCCAAAUCCAUGCCGAUUCCUAUCCCCAAAGCCCCUGGGGCAGGUGGUCCUCUGGCUCGGGCAAAGGCGGACUCGGGGCUCACUCUCCGGGAGAGCAACGUCCCUGGCCUGAGACAGAUGAGCUUCAAGUCCAACACUCUGGAGCGUUCGGGUGUGGGGCUGAGCAGCUACCUCUCGGCCGAGAAAGACCCCAGUCCCCAAACCAGCACCUCUCUGGGUAAGGGCUCCUUCUUGGACAAGGUGUCUCCCAGCGUCUUGCGUAACUCAAGGCCCCGGCCUGCCUCCCUGGGCACGGGGAAGGACUUCGCCGGGAUCCAGGUGGGCAAAUUGGCUGACCUGGAGCAGGAGCAGAGCACCAAGCGCCUGUCCUUCCAAGGACAGAGCCGUGACAAGCUGCCUCGACCCCCCUGUGUCAGUGUCAAGAUCUCCCCAAAAGGAGUCCCGGAUGAGCACCGAAGGGAGGCCCUGAGGAAGCUGGGACUGUUGAAGGAGUAGUCGCUGGCCACCAGCAUGGCCCCGCCGUCCCCGUCUCACCCUCUGCCAUACAGGAGGCUCAGGUCCUCUCCCACCCAACAGCCCGGGGCUCGGACAAAGUGGGCUUCUCUCCAGCGCGCACCUCUCUCUGAGGCCAAGGGGUGGAAGAGACUGGAUUCCAGCGGACGCGCGUGUUUGUAUUCAGAGCGGUUGUGUCACUGAGUGCCUGCCCAAAUCAUCCUGAAGAUGAUUUCCACAAGACGGUGUGUGUGUGUGUGUGUGUGUGUGUGUCCAUGUACUAUAGGCUGUAUAUAUCAUUGAAGCUAUUUAUAUGACACAAGGAGUCAUUGCUCAGAGUUCUGCUUGUGUUGGAGAUUUUCUUCCACCGGGUAGGGUUCAGCCCAGCCAGAACUAAGGGGAGAAGGUGGGGGGGGGGGGGCUGAGUCUGAGGAAUAAAAGGUCAGCUGAGACAAUGGAUGUGCUGGGGACAUUAGGCAAAUGCAGUGUCAUGUGAAAUGUGGGUCCCCCAGAAUCCCUGCGUGGAAGGGGACUGGCUCGUCCCUUGGUUCUGGACUUCUGGACACCCCGGUCCCAAGGUUAGGGCGCGUCCCUGUAGCUAAAACUGUCCAUUGACUGAGAACAGAAGUGCUCUUGUUGGCCUGUGAAGGCAAGAUGGGUGACCGCACAGCACACGGCCACUGGGAAGGACCCCUGUCCACGGGCUUGAUGCAUUUAUAAUAAUAAACCGUGCGGUGGCCCCUGCCGGGGACAUUCCUAUUCUUCCGCUCCCACUCUCAGCCUGCAUGUGACUGACCCCAGGGCCGGGCCAACAGUGAGAUGGGAGUCUGAGCCCAGAGACUUUAUAAAUACCAAAGAACUGUUUGAGGCCUUACCUAUGCUACUGCACAUAGAUUUUUUUUCAGUUUCUAUGGGAAGGCAACACCAUACAUUCUCUGCUAGUCACUCACAGAAUAUCAGAGCUGGGAGGAAUCUUAGAGACAAGACUCUUGUGACCCACGCUGUUGGGGAAGGGAAGGGAGUCAUCUGCGGUCACUCUGCCAUUCAGCGACAGAGCCGGGACCCUGGCUCCUCAUUCCAUGCUGCACGCUGCCUCCCUGAAGCAGUGCUUCUGUACGUCUACACAGCACCCUGUGGAUCAGGAGUCACCAUCAGAGGCUCAACCCCAAAGCCUAGAGAGAUUAAAUGUUGUUCAAGACCAUAUUGAGUGCUGUUUUUUCUACUGUGUCUUCGGAAAGUAGCAAUAUAGUCACUCAUUUAUUAAUCCAAAUUCCCUGACUGCUUUGUACAGCUUGAGAAAAUGCCAAAAGAAGGUACUAUGAGUAGGCGUCGUAGGCUUGUGGAUACAGGCUUGGAAAUUAGACACAGCUAGACAUGACCCCUGCUUCCCCUAAGGAAAUAAAUAUUAUUCGUGGCUGUAGUUGGAGUCUAGGAUCCCCAGAUGUGAGGAGCGGAUAAAGGGAACUGUUGUUGGAAAGGUACCCUUGAGGUCUGCUGAGAAUUUCUGGACUGUGUCCUUAGGGACCCAGCACUGUCAAAGCAUGGUAUUUCUAAAAAUGAUGAAAAGAUUAAGGUGAGGACAACAAAUGGCUCCACCCUGUCAUGGUAUGUGGGACGUGGGUGUGACAGUUUCUGUAUAUACUCUCAUGCACACACCCAAAACGUUGGUGCCUUCCUGGCCCUGGUAAAGACCUGGUCUGUUGGAGCUGAUAGGGACUCCCACCGCUGGCCAAGCCAUACGUUAUUACAGACUCUUCUGAAGAGCGAGGGCCCUUCCUGGAGGACUGGUUUGACAUGCUGUAUUUGGUUGAGCUGCCUCAUACGUGUAUUUCAAGACAACCUGGGAAUGACCACUUAAUUUUUUUCAAUUUUCCUAAUUAAUAGGGACACAUGGUGCUACCUAUAAAGUAAGACUUGGUAGGAAACUGAGGCCUUCGUAUCAACACAAGGAUGAUCAACACAGGUGGGUCAGGAGUACCUCCUCUUACAUCCUCACCCCUGGUAGGGGCGAGGUCUCUCGAACAAAACAUGGUUACACACAGCUUGCCUUCCCUCCCUGAACCCUUAUCUAGUGACCUGCCCAUUUUCCCCGCAACUCCCUCCUGGCUUCCCCGUGUCCUCGCCCUUCCAAGGGCACGUCUUGCUCUUAGGACGGUCUUUGGGAUCCAAGUAUUAAGAUAAAAAACCCAAACCCAUCUGUCCUCAUUUUGAAGAGGGGCAAAGGAACCCAUCUAGGGACAUCGGCCAUCCUGAAGUUGGCCCUAGAGCCACCUGAGGAAUUUUAUCUACCCUCUGACGUCCAUAUGGGAUUGGUCUUCAUCGAGCUUGAGCUGGAGGUAAGAGUGGGGUCACUGCUGUUGUUACCCCUCUAUCCCUUUUUGGAAGAUUUCGGAUGGACGUUUGUAAAGGCCACUCGUUUGAUUUUAAAAACCCAUGUGACAGUUCUCCUUCCGCUUGGCCCCGUAACUCUGCCAUACCCUGCUGCGAUCUUACUGCUACUGGGAAUGAGCUAUCUGCCAAAUACAGGAGCUGGCUUCGCCUCCGCCUGGCACAGUGGGACAGGUGCCUUAAGUGUGUCGACAGCUGCUCCUCUGAAUCACCACUCACGUGCGUCCCUGGGCGCCCUGUACUCCGACCCGAUGUGGAAGGGCUGUGUGCUACCCGGGAUGGGCCCAGUCGCCUCGUAGGUGCUUCCCUCCAUAGUGGGAAGUAUGGUCUGGAAGAGGCCACCCAGCACCCUGACGUUGCACAGGUGUGCAAAAGUGGGUGUUAAUUCCACGGAAGAAAGAGCAGAUGAACGAGUGGAGAGCAGGCCCUACUCGAUGUUAUGAGUUAAAGCUGGAGGUGGGAUUUAAGAGUCUGCAAUAUGUGUGUGUGAGGUAAAGCACUCCAUUCCUUGAUCCAUGAUCACAUGUGUAGGGAGAGGAGGAUCAUCCUGUCAGAGCAUGAAGCUCAUAGACUAGAGGAGGUGGCGACCAGGGGACGGGCAGGAGAAAUCAUGUCUAUCUCAGAACCUGAGGAGGAAUGGGGCCACAAUGCACCCAUGCUCUUUUCUUCAUGUGAGUGACUAUAGAGCGUAUAUAGGUCAGGCUCAAUUGGACAGCCAUCACUUACCAAUCAGGGAACCCUGGGCUGCUCCUAUCUGUAAAGUGGGGAUAAUAAUACCAUCCUUUCAACAUUGCUGAGAUGAACGAGUGCUAUGAAAUAUGUAAAACUCAGUGCUUAACAUAGUGUAGCUGCUCGACAAAUGAUAGUAUGGUCUUCGGCAUCUUAUUUCUUCCUUCUCAAAGGGAGCGAAUGGAGGCAGGGAUGGAAGCCAAGAGCUCACCCAACUCAGCUCCGAGAGGAAAUGGGAGCGAUCUUGCUGCAAGUAAAAGUCCAAAGUACCAACUAGGCUUUGGCACACCCUCCAGGUGAUUCAACUUCACCCACGCCAGGUUUCCUGGAAUUGGAAAAGAAAGGGAUCGGCAUGAAUACGGUGUUUGUGUCUCAGGGAAGCCAGCUUCUCUAUCUCCAAACCCAGCUUCCAAUUUGUCACCAAUGUCUUGUCGCCCAUGAUCAUAUAGUUUACUUCUUUUUGCUUCCUCCAACUUCCUUUUGCUGUGUGGUUCAGUGACCUAUAUGUUGUUCUAUAGUUAUUCAUUUUUAAAAUGGAGAAAAAGAAUAAACAUAUAUAACAGAGGGGAAUGAUGGCUCAAAUCUAUUUGAGGUGGCUCAAAUAGAGACUAGAAAAUGUCUCAAGCAUUUUCUAAAUAAGGUAGGCAUCUUUCAGAAAUGAAUCAGGCGUAAGUGGGCAGGAAACAAGAAGGUAUAUUGGAUGACUCCUCAAAUCCCUUCUAAUAUAAGGGCCCAGUGAAUUGCAGGAGUCAUUGCCAUCAUCAUCCUCAUCACCACCACCGUCAUCAUCAUUGUCAUCAGUGACCCUUGGCAGACAAGGGAGGUAAAGACAGGUGAUGUUCUAGUUCCGGGCUGCCAUUCCCUCUUGCUCAUUGCCUAUCUGGAUCAUUGUCCUUAUUCAGCACUUGCCACGUAUCCAGGGUUCAAAAUAAUUCAAAGCAGAAUGGUAUCCUGGCAAAGCCAGAUGAGCUAUAGUGAGUCACUGCAUCUCACUCAUAAAAUGGGGAACUUGGACGGAACUAUCUCUUAGAUCCAUGCCAGCUCUGAAACAUAUGUUAAAAUGAGUCCAAGCAACUUAAUUAGGAAGAUAAACACCAUGCCAAAAAUAAUCACAAUAUGGUCUAAGAUAAAAUAUACCUCAUAGAACCGAAGACCUGAAAGGAACGUUUUAGAUUAUCUAAUCCAACCUCCCACUCAAAAAGGAAUUAUGUCAUAAGUUGAUAUAUAGUCAGAAAGAUGGAUGGAUGGACGGGUGGAUGGAUGGAUAGAUGGAUGGACAGACGGGUGAUGGACAGAUGGAUGGAUGGAUGCGUGGAUGGAAGAAUAGGUGGAUGGGUAGAUGGGAGAAGGGAGGGGAGAGAAACAUAUCGUGGACAAGAGUGCAAGCUUAGGAGUCAGGCUGCCAGGCACCCUGCACCUGUUUCCUUUUCGGUUUAUUUUUGAUUCCUUUAACUUCCUUUGUUGUGUGGUUCAGGGAACCAGGGAACGCUGGUUCAGGGAACGCUAUCCUACAGUUACUUAGUUUGAACAUGAAGUGUAAAAAAAAAAAAUUAUAUAAUAAGAAUGAACCUUGUAGAAGCAGUAAUAAUCCUUACCUUUUACAAUAAUUUUGAGAAAUUAUGCUCAUUGAAAAUAGAAUCAAAUGAGAUAAUACAUAUGAAACACACUUACCACAUUGCUCAAAAAAUGGAAUCUAUUAAUAUUAUUAUCAUAUACAUAUGUAAUUCAGACGCCAGUGGGUGCCCUUGAGGAUUGGACUGAUAUCAGCCUACACUUAAAUUCCUCAGCCCGGAACAGUCAAAAGCCCUCCUCCAGUUUCCAGAACCU